UUUUCAUUUGUUCCAACGUGUAGAAAUUUGUAGUUUUUUUUUUUUCAUAGUCAUCCUAGUUCAGGGCACCAUAAUGUUUGUUUGGGACACAGUAAUAUGUAAAUUAAAGCAGUCACAUAUAUUGUUGCAUGUCUACUGUAGCCAUCUUUAGCUCCUGCUUGUUUAGGGAGCAAAUCCCCUGAAGUUUUUUUUCUUCGGUAUAUAAAAGUCAUGCUCAAUUGGGAUGAAACAACUGGGUUUUUGAGGCAUUAUCUGUGUUUUCUUAGAAGUCAGGCUGGUUGGAGGUUCUCGCUGCUCUGGGAGGUUAGAGAUACUUCAUGAUCAGACGUGGAUGUCAGUGUGUGACGCUGCCUUUGACCAGCAGGAUGCAGAGGUUGUGUGUAGAGAGCUGGACUGUGGGGCUCCUGUACAGGUGCUGGGAGCAGCUGCUUUUGACAAAGGAGACACCCAGAUGUGGACACAAGAGAUUCAGUGCAGAGGAAAUGAAUCUCAGAUUCAUAUGUGUCCAACGUCAUUCAGAUUUACACCAAAAUACAACUGUUCAAAUAAAAACAGCGUUGGACUACUGUGUACUGACCUAGUAAAUGUGAGGCUGGUUGGUGGUCACAGUCGCUGUGCUGGUAGAGUGGAGAUUCUUAAUAGAGGUCAGUGGGGAACAGUGUGUGGUUAUGGCUGGGAUUUGGUUGAUGCUGCAGUGGUGUGUAGAGAGUUAAACUGCGGAGAACCUGUAGAUGCUCUGACUGAUGUUGAAGUUGGACCUGGAUCUGGACCAAUCUGGAUGAGUGGUGCAAUGUGUACUGGAUCUGAGUCCACACUGAAAAAGUGUGGAUCAACCACAUGUGAUUUUAAUGGUGUGUGUCAUGGUAAGAGUGCUGGAGUCAUCUGUUCAGGUAACCUAAAACUUAAUUUAUUAAAAAGAAAAAAAGUAAUGUAUGUUUUCAUUCAUUCAGUCUAAGUGUUUUUUCCUUUUUUUUUUUAGAUGUCAGGCUGGUUGGAGGUUCUCGCUGCUCUGGGAGGU